AUGGAAAUCACAUCAUCCUCAAAGCCUCAUCCGCCUGUUGUGGGCAAAGUGACUCAUCACAGCAUUGAAUUAUACUGGGAUCUGGAGAAGAAAGCAAAGCGGCAGGGGCCCCAGGAGCAGUGGUUCAGGUUUUCUAUCGAAGAAGAGGACCCCAAACUGCACACUUAUGGUAUCAUUUAUACGGGCUACGCGACCAAGCACGUGGUGGAAGGCCUGGAACCGCGGACCCUGUACCGAUUCCGGCUCAAGGUCACCAGCCCCUCCGGAGAGCAUGCCUACAGCCCGGUGGUCUCCGUAUCCACGACCCGAGAACCCAUAAGUAGCGAACACUUGCACAGAGCUGUCAACGUGAACGAUGAAGAUCUGUUGGUGCACAUUCUGCAAGGAGGCAACGUGAAGGUUGAUGUUCCCAAUAAAUUUGGCUUUACUGCCCUGAUGGUCGCUGCCCAGAGAGGAUACACCAGGCUUGUGAAAAUCCUCGUUUCUCACGGCACAGAUGUGAAUUUGCGGAAUGGAAGUGGCAAGGACAGCCUGAUGCUUGCAUGCUACGCGGGACACCUGGAUGUUGUGAAAUAUCUCCGAAGACACGGUGCUUCCUGGGACACCAGAGACCUGGGAGGCUGCACAGCUCUGCACUGGGCUGCAGAUGGAGGCCACUGCAACGUGAUCGAGUGGAUGAUAGGCGACGGCUGUGAGGUGGACGUCGUGGAUGCUGGUUCCAGGUGGACCCCACUCAUGAGAGUCUCUGCAGUCUCAGGGAACCAGGAGGUUGCCUCUCUGCUGAUUGACGCAGGUGCAGAUGUGAAUGUGAAGGACAAAGACGGGAAGACCCCUCUCAUGGUGGCCGUGCUGAAUAACCACGAAGAAUUAGUCCAGUUACUUCUUGACAGAGGGGCAGAUGCAAGUGUGAAAAAUGAGUUUGGCAAAGGCGUCCUCGAGAUGGCCAGAGUUUUCGACAGACAGAAUGUCCUCUCCCUAUUAGAAGAAAGGAAAAGAAAGCAAAUGCCAAAGAAGUCAUCUAUUCGCUGACCAGGGCACCUCUUUCUUCCCUCUCAAAGCUGAGUGAAACAAAGCAAAGCGGGACUUGAACUGGAGAGAAGGAAUUCUGUGUCUCUGAGGGCUAUACAUUUGAUUACUUAUUUAAUUGAAGAUUCACAGUGACUUUUGUAACAUACAACUGUUCCCACUUUGAAAUACACCUUUUUACCUAAA